AUGCCACCUCCAACAUUUUUACCCUCAUUCGGCAAGGCUACUUCUAAAGGUCUGGGUGUGGCUGCCAACAUAAUGAGCAAGUUUGGCUAUAAGCAUGGUGGUGGACUUGGUCGCGAUGAGCAAGGAAUGAGUACUGCUCUUUCUGUUGAAAAACUAGGGAAGAACGCAGGGCUCAUCAUAAACGAGAGUCAAGGAAAUACACCCACGCCACCUGCACAAGCCACUCCAAUGGGUGUUGCACCAAUCAACAUGGCUCAGGCAAUGAAGAGCUCUACAAAAGUGCUAAUGCUGACUAAUAUGGUUGGCCCUGAUGAAGUGGACGAUGAGCUUGAACCAGAAAUUCGCGAAGAGAUGGCCAAGUAUGGUCAAGUUGCCUCCGUAGUUAUCCAUAAGAUGGAUGGUGUCGCCGAUGACAUCGCCGUUCGAAUCUUCGUUGAGUUUACGAAUAUUGCACAAGCCAUUAAAGCUUUUGUGGUAAUGAAUGGUCGAUUUUUCGGAGGUCGUUCAGUGGCAGCAUCAUUUUAUUCUGUUGAUGAUUUUAAUAGCAAGCAGUACGGGCGAUAG